UCCAUGCAUACACUUACCUCAUCACCACCACCACAACGUCACAAAACCAAACCAUUCUCUCUCUCUUUCUAAAGCUUUCUCAUUUCUCUCUCUACAAUGGCAAGAACCAAGCAAACCGCCCGGAAAUCCACCGGAGGUAAGGCCCCGAGGAAGCAGCUGGCAACAAAGGCAGCCCGGAAGUCGGCUCCGGCGACCGGAGGAGUGAAGAAGCCGCACAGGUUCAGGCCGGGAACGGUGGCGCUGAGGGAGAUAAGGAAGUACCAGAAGAGCACUGAGCUUUUGAUUCGGAAGCUUCCUUUUCAGAGAUUGGUGAGAGAGAUCGCUCAGGACUUUAAGACUGAUCUGAGGUUCCAGAGCAGUGCUGUUGCGGCUCUCCAGGAGGCUGCUGAGGCGUAUUUGGUGGGGUUGUUUGAGGAUACGAAUUUGUGUGCGAUUCAUGCGAAGAGGGUUACGAUUAUGCCUAAGGAUAUUCAGCUUGCGAGGAGGAUUCGAGGCGAGAGAGCUUGAUUUGUGGAGCGUUUAGGGUUUUGGAUCUGUAGUAUUUUUUUUUUUUUUUUGUGGGUUAGGGUUUCUGUUCAAAUUAAUGUAACAGUUCCAAUUUCUGUGUCACUCUUGCUAUUUCUCUGAUUCCCAAUCGUUGUGAUGAUGGGAUCAAACAGCUUGUUCUUGGAAAGUUUGACAAUUGAAGGUUGUUCAGAUCUUAUCUCUAUAUCUGUAUCUUAUAUACACAUAUCAGCAUUUGAUUGUGAA